AUGGUAGACACAAUCAAAGAGCUAAAAAGCUCCGUCUCCAAGCCAAGCGAAGAAAACGAAAGACCUCCCCAAGAGGAAUUUGCUGCUGUCGGAAAGGGCUUUGAACAAAAGGGGCCAUCUUUUGUCACCCAAGAAGAUGUCAUCGCUAUGCUAGAGAAGGAACUAAGUCAAAGCCAAGAAGAUUGGAAGUAUGUUCCUCAACCGCUGUAUCCAUCAAGCUUACUGCAGCAGCCCUAUCCCAAAGGCUAUGAGGCACCAAGCUUUGUCCUUUUCGAUGGGAGGAAAAGAAGCCCGAAGGAGCAUGUCAAUCGUUUCAUUGAUGCUUUGGAACCAUAUGCUGGUGAUUAUAAUCUCUGA